GCCAUUGUGUGGGACGAAUAUCUUACUGGGCCCUUUGGAUUGAUUGCACAAUAUUCUCUUUUGAAGGAACAUGAGGUGGAGAAAAUGUUCACCCUCAAAGGAGGCCACCUUCCACCAGCGGAUGUCAAGAACAUUAUUUUCUUUGUCAGGCCCAGGUUAGAGCUCAUGGACAUCAUCGCAGACAACGUGCUCAGCAUGUGGCGAACAUGAUGAUCCGCAUGAAGAGGGAGUUUUCGGGGAUCCAGAACCCCAUCCUGCCCGUCUUCGAUACCCUCCUGCUGCUGGACCGCAACGUGGACCUGAUCUCCCCUCUGGCUACCCAGCUGACCUACGAGGGCCUGAUUGACGAAAUCUACGGGAUUCAGAACACCUACGUGAAACUUCCCCCCGAGAAAUUUGCUCCGAAGAAGCAGGGUGAGGCCGCGAAGGAGCUCCCCACCGAGGCCAAGAAGCUGCAGCUGAACUCCGCCGAGGAGCUGUACGCCGAGAUCCGCGACAAGAACUUCAACGCCGUGGGCAGCGUCCUGAGCAAGAAGGCCAAAAUCAUCUCGGCUGCUUUUGAGGUAGAGAAAUUUCCUGACACCUCCGAAGACUUUUUCGAUAAUUUAACAGUGGAGCAAGAAUUUAUGUCCGGCAUAGAUACCGAUAAGAUCAACAGCUACGUAGAAGACUGCAUUGCCCGAAAGUAUCCUUUGAUUAAGAUACUAAGGCUCGUUUGCCUGCAAUCGGUGUGCAACAGCGGCUUAAAACAGAAAGUGCUGGAUCAUUACAAGAGAGAAAUUCUCCAGGUUAGGCUUUUUCCAAGGCAAAUAUUAGAAUCAAUCAAAAUCAAUCAAUCAGUUUUCAAUAUCCCCCCCCCCCUCCUUCCUCCGAUCAUUCCAGGCCAGCACGGAGAAAACCGCAUCACUCUCGUCUUCUUCCUGGGAGGCGUGACCUACGCUGAAAUCGCAGCGCUGCGCUUCCUCUCCCAGAUGGAGGAUGGCGGCACCGAGUACGUCAUCGCCACCACCAAGCUGAUCAACGGGACGAGCUGGAUCAAAUCUAUGAUGGAGAAGCUGGAGCCCCUGCCUUUCUAGGAGAAGCAGGGAUCAGGACUCGAUCGAGGUGGGACCGCGGACUCGGGAGAGACGGAAGAGAGAAGGUGGAUCCUGGACUUGCAGAUUGAUAAGGAAGGGUUCACCGACAAAAGGGCGAACGACAAAAGCGCGCCCGACUAAACCGCGGUGACAAAACCGCGGGUUCUAAAGCGCGGCGAUGAAAGAGCGCUGAAGCGCGGCGACGGAAGCACGCUGUAAACCUAACCCUAACCCUAAACAUAACCCUAAACCUACCCAUAAACCUAACCCUAAACCAAACC